GGGCCGUACUUAGUAGAGUCAACACUGGAAAUUCCCCGACGUUCUGUACUGGUUCUCCCCUGAGAGUGGCCGUGUGUGGGGGUACAGUCUGCACAGACCGGCUCUGCGUUAAUAGGCCGGGCAUUUUUUACCCCCGAGAAGUCGAUUCGACGAUCCCGAUUGACAAGUUCCCAGGUCGCUAGGUGACGUGGGAGAGCAGUACACAUCCGUGAUAACGUCGGGGACAGAAGUGUGACGAUGGCGGUUUGGAGACUGACAGUCGCCGUGCUGGUUGCUUUGACUUUGGUUCAGGCACGGGACUUGGACGAUGUGAAGCCCGGAUCUGAUCCGAAGAUUCCUGACUCAAACGCCGCAGAAACGCGUGAUGUGUGUGAAAACUUCAAGUGUAGGAAGCCGCCGGGCGCCAUGUGUACCGUGGACUACAGUAAAGGCAACCCCAGGCCGAAAUGUAUCUGCCCAACAAACUGUCCUCGUGAAAUGGAGCCGGUAUGCAGUGUGUACGGCCGCACGUACGACAACAUGUGCCGCCUCCACGUGGAGGCGUGCCGCAAGAAGAGACGGAUCGAGGUGGCCUACCAGGGAGAGUGCAUCGCCAAACAGGAGCCCUGCACGGAGUACGAGAAGUCCCAGUUCCCGAUCCGCCUCAUGGAAUGGUUCUUCCACCUGAAGGAGAUAGACGAGUUCGGGCAGCUCAGUAACAUCACGUCCGGCGCCACUCUCGUCAUGACGGACAGGGAGCGCGCCAAACUCGCCAAGUGGAAAUAUGAUCAACUUGACAGGAAAGGAGAUGGAAAGUUGGGCCGACGUGACCUGAAGGACUUCCGGUAUGCGCUGAUGCCCAUGGAGCAUUGCGCCGAAGCAUUCUUCCGCAAAUGUGACACGAACAAAGACAAAGGUGUUAACAGGGAGGAGUGGUACACGUGCUUGGGAGUUUACAGAGAUGAGGAGGAGAAGAAGAUGCAGAUGGACAUGUUGGUGGAACCAGAAGCUCUGGAGGUCAUGGUGGAGACCAACUUCAAGGAAAUGUUGGAUAAGCUGCCCGAUCCGGGCAUGCCGCCAGCAUCCCCGCCUCAGUUUGUAGAGGAAGAAGAUGACGAUGACGAGUAUGAUGAUGACUAUUACGAUGACUCCUUCGACUAUGACGAUUUCGACGUAAUCGAGGAUCCCGCUGAUAAGAGGGACUUUGACAAAUCUCUGACUGAAACCCCCAAGCUUAAGGUCAAGCAGAAAAAAGCUUGGAAUGAAAUGACGGUGGACGAAAAGAACUGGGCCGAGGUGGACCGGAUGUUGGGUUUUGAUUGGCAGGAAACGAAACCUGAUUCUGACGAACCAGAGGCAGGCAACUGGGCUUUGGUGGACAAAAUGCUGAAGGGACAGGCUGACCAGCCGGCAGAACUGGUGGAAGGUUCAAAGGAUGAAGAAAUUCUUGAGGAUGAUGAAGAGGAAGAAGAUGAGGAGGAGGAGGAAGAGAAGCUGUCCCCAGAGGAGAAAGAAAAGAUGGAGAAGAAGCGUCGUCGUCAAGAACGUCGUCGUCUGAGGAAGUUGGAGCGUGAGAAAAAGGAGCAAGAAAAGAUGGAUUAGGUCCUGAGAUAAUUUUAGUUGAUCUGGUAAAAUCAGUAUGUUCACCUUCUCCCUACAGUUUAGUUGAACCUUACCUUGCUUCUGAUGUCACUCACUGAUGACCUGUGACCCUUCCGAGAGGGGAAUUGGGAGGUUUGCUCUCUCGGGCAUUCAGUAAGUUCAAACUAAGGACCAGUGGUUUACCAUUGGGUGACAUCAGAGGCUAUAGCAGUCAGAGGCCACAGAAACAAAAACGAAAUGUCAGACAUAUAUGAGAAAAGAUGUACUGUGUUCUAGGCAGAAAUUAUUUCAUUUUGUGUUUGUUUUUUUCAUUAAUGUUUGUUUUUUGUCAUUUCUUGGGAUGUACCAUUUUCAAUGUGACAAUAUGGAUGCAAGGUGUGAUUAAUUUGUUUGCAAUCAGCUCGAUAUUAAUGCUGAUAUAUGUAUAUCUAUCUAUCCAAUCAAUCACAUGCCGCUUCUUGGUAUUUAGUAUAUCUUUCGUUGACAUGCGAAAAUGAUUAACGUUACAGGUAUAUAAUGUGUGUUUGCAUGUAUCUUUAUUAUUCAUCAUAAGCCUGCUUCACUUCGAUAUAAUCAUACAAGUUAUCUAUUACACAUAUAGAGGCGUGGUUACCUUAGUCUUGAUUUGAAUCUUUCUCAUCUGAUAAGUGACAUGACGCUGUAGUUACAAGUAAUGUGAUUCAAGUAAAAAGGAUCAUUUAGCUCUUGUACCAAGUGUGCCGUAUGUAUUCUAUCUCUGAAUAAACUCAGUUAGCUGUGUGCUGAAUGCGGUA